AUGGACGUCUCAGACCCGGGAGACGUGAGCGUCUCCUGUGCAGGAAGCAACUGCAGCCUGCCGUCAGGCUUCCCCGAUGACUGCUCCACCCAAGACUGCUCCUGGGAGAAACCCAUAUUUGGACUGAUUGAAUUAGCAUGCGUGACGGUGAUCUAUAUCCCACUGAUGUUAUUUGGCCUUCUGGGAAACAUUUUAACCAUCCUGGUGGUUUGGCUGCGUCCACACAUGAGAAGCUCUACGUACCUGUACCUGAGCAGCAUGGCUGUCAGUGAUCUGCUGAUACUGCUGCUGCUGCCGCUGGAUCUCUAUAAGCUCUGGAGACCCAGACCCUGGCCCUUAGGGGACCUCGCCUGUAAGGUGACCAUGUUCCUCUCAGAAUGCUGCACCUUCUGCACCAUCCUGCACAUCACUUUCCUCUCCCUGGAGCGGUACCUGGCAGUCUGCUGGCCAAUAACAGCCAAAACGGUGGUGACGAGGCGCAGAACCAGGACUAUUAUCGGCUGCCUGUGGCUGAGUGCAGCCGUCAGCGCUGCACCGGUGCUGGUCAUGGUUGGAGUGGAGGAAGUCGGGGCAGAGGAGUUGGGUCUCCUCUGGGAGGUGGAGCAGGGAGGAUUACCUGUGAGCAGAGACGAAAGAGGAGGCACACAUAUGGCCUUGGUGGACGGAGGAUCAGACGCAAUAAAGUUUGAUGGAGAGAAAGAGAUAAAAGGGUGGGGUACCGGAGUUGAAGAAUUGAAAUGGUUUGAAGGGGAGCAUAAACUAGGAGGGGAAAAGGGAAGAGAACAAGGAGCUAAAGGUGGAGUGAAGGAUGAAAAACCAGCAGCUGAGGAGAGCAGUGAGGAGAAAGGGAAGACGGAGUUUGAGGGAGAUCAGCAAAAUAAGAAGAAAGAAGAUGAAGGAGGAGGCAAAGAAGAGAGCAUGGAUGCAAGCUACUGGCAGCAGAUUGACAGGAGGGAGUGUCGCUGCACGGACUUCGCCAUCUCCUCCGGCCUGCUGUCGGCCAUGAUGAUUCUCUCCAACAUGUACUUCCUGGUGCCGCUCGGCAUCCUGGGACUGGUGUACAGCCUGAUUGGACGGACACUGUGGCUCCGCCCGAAAAGCAGUCGAAGAGAUCAGAGUCACCGAAACACCGUUAAGAUGCUUGGAGUGAUUGUCUUGGCGUUCGUCCUGUGUUGGAUGCCCUUUCACGUCGGUCGGACCAUCUUCUCCCUUUCUCUCGGCACCGGUGCCGACAUUUUAUACUACCUGUCUCAGUAUUUUAAUCUGGUGUCGUCUGUUCUCUUCUACCUCAGCGCCGCCGUCAAUCCGUUACUGUACAACCUGAUGUCUGCCCGGUACAGGCUGGCCGUGCACAGCCUCGUACACAAGAGCUCUCAGAAUGACAAUAGUCGCUUACGAACUCUAACGGUACGGCACUCCACGACCACUUUGUGA